UACACGUUGUGUCUGUGUGUUCAUGACAGAGGUCGCAAAAGAAAGAAGUUUACACGGAUACCACUUUAUCAUUGGAUAGGAUUGAUUUUCGUUUAUUAAAAGUGUGGUUUAUGUCACAUGCGUUAUGUGCGCGUCAGAGAUGUAAAGGUAACCCGUUUUUUUCAACACAACUCACACUUAAGUCAGAGAACUACAAAAUAUGGAUGAAUAUUCAGUUACUGAAUCAGAAUGUGACCCAGAGAGCAGUUCAUGUUCUGAUUGGAGUGUGGAUGAAGGAAGGAAAAGACAACGACUGGAAAAAAGGAAGAAGAAAACACGAAGUCGUAAUGUGACUGUGCAGACAGGAACAACUCUGGUCGAGAAAAGAGGAGCCACAAGUUGUGAGAAUGCCAGCCAGUCUGUGGAAGAACAGAUGGAAAACGAUUCUCAACUCCCUGUUACAUGCGGGAAUAAAGAGGGUUCCCUGGAUUUGGAGAAAUUUUCUAAGUGGGAGAAGUGCAUCUUUAGUAAAGGGCGGUGGUUCAACCCCCCAGAAUUUGAGAAGUUCGGAGGAAAAGAGAAAAACAAGAAGUGGAAGUACAGCAUCCUUUGCUGUGGUGUUCCGCUCCUGCAACUCAUAGAGGAUAAGCUUCUUUUAUCCCCAACCUUAAAAAAAAGAAGGAUUCAUCAUGAUAAACAGAGUAGCGCUGCAGAAUGUUCACCUACUGGCAGACUUCGAGGAAUGAAGAGGAACUCUCCCAAAUCCUCACGUGCUACUGGCAGAGCCAGAAAAACAAAGCCCAGGAAAAAGCAGUUUCUCUCCAGAUCCGAAUCUGGAAGAACGGAGAAUGGCCACCGUGAGGACAAUGACAACAACCAUGAUGAGCAUGAAAUUAACAUGACUGUGUUUGAUGGUCCCACCCUACCUGUUACCUGUGGAUCUGUCUCUGGCAUUCUACACAAAAGUCGCUUUGCUACAGGGUUUUGUGGGAAAUGCAUAAGAACUGAGGAUUUUUGGCUGACCCCUGAAGAAUUCUCCAGACUGAGCAAACAAGAUGGAGCAUGGAAAAAAGACAUUGUGACCCAUGGAAGACCGCUCGGAAAACUUAUAAUGGAAAACGUUUUGGAACCACAUGCACUUAACUGUGAAUGUCCCACCUGUCUAAAAAUUGAUGAUGACACAAAUGAUGAUGAGUGUUACAUGUGUGACUCUGAAGAAGAUCUGGUGUGCUGUGAUGAGUGUCCACGAGCUUUUCAUCGACACUGUCACCUGCCAGCUGUAGAUGAAGACUCCGAAGGUCAAUGGUGCUGUACAUUUUGCACGAUGAAGAAAAUGAGUGGGUCUAAUCAAACGACACCACAGGAUGUUUUGAACAGUCCACUUUCUCAAUACAGACUGCAUUGCCAGUAUCUGCUGUUACACCUGCUACAUGAAGUUUCUGUCAAUAAGAACAUGUGUGAAACUCAUGAUGUGAAGCAGUAUUUGCAGAAUGAGACUUAUCAAACAGUGGGCGAAUUUGUCACAGAUAUUGAACACAUUUUCCAACACUGGUCCUCCGAAGGGGAUGAUGACUUGAGUAGAAUGCAGCGUUUGUUUAAGAGGGAGUUUGAAACCAUAUUUAAGCUCCUAUAAUGUUACGCCAAUACCAACAUUUCUGUUGUUAAUGGAAAGUGUUGUUAAUGGAAAGUGUUGUUAACGGAAAGUGUUGUUAACUGAAAGUGUUUUGGUUGUUGUACAGAAAAAAGAUUGAGUUCAAGAUAGUAAAAAAAUUUAUUGAUUAAACCAUACGGGGCUUGCACUUUCAGACUUGGUUUAUUAGCUGCUCCCACACCAUCAACUAUACAAUCAUAUUUUUACUUGUCAAAAAGAGAAACAUUUGCAAAUGGGGUAUAUGCAUUUAAACCCGGAAAAUCUCAACCAGCUCUGUUACAUCCGGAGCACUUAGCAUCCAUAGGAAACAAUGACGGUCUAUUCAAGAUUACGAUCAACGACGUGAGUCUUAUUCUCCAAACACUAUGUCAUACAUCGACAACCAAAAAGAUGAAGCAAUUCUUAAUAUAAAUAUAAAAUAAAUAAUAAGGAAAUAAACAAAAUUAAACCGAAAAGACACAACUGGAGGGUAUAGUGUCGUGUUUUCUCUUGCAAGCUAAAUAAAUUUGAAACUCAUUGAUGACAUAUAGGCUUAUUUAUAAAUAUUUUAGGCUAAAAUACAUUUUGACUUCAAAAGGCCCCGGGGCUAGUUAACUCCAAGUGUGUGAAAAUAUACAUGGCAAUAAAUAAAUAAGAGAUUUGGAGAAAAGAAGUUGCUGCCUUAAAGGUUUAUGUUCAAUCAAAAUAACAAGUCAUUUCAACUAACAUUACAUUAAACUGACUGAAAAUAUCAAGUUGAAUCUUGUAUAACUUGAAAAAAUGGUUAACUUAUUUUAUUAAAUUAAAGUGACAUAAAAACA